AUGCCCUUAAAGUGGAUACUCGUUUUGAUCCCUGCGGCGCUCUGCCAAUUGCGUCUGGACCCACUGGUCGAUACGAAGGCAGGCCUGAUCAAGGGUCUGCGAGCUGACGAUGGCGACUACUCCAUGUUUCUGGGCGUGCCGUACGGGAAGGUCGACGAGAACAAUCCUUUCGGGCUAUCCCAACCGUACGUAAAAUUCAACGGGACCUUUGUGGCGUCAAACGACUCAGCCAUAUGUCCACAGAUCGAAGAGUUCAACAACACCGUAGUUGGCGAUCUGGACUGCCUCCAUCUCAACAUCUACGUCCCGAACUCUGCCACGUCCAGGAAUCAGCUCCCGGUCCUCGUUUGGAUAUAUGGAGGUGGCUUUCGCAUCGGUUUCGCAGGGAGAUACCUCUACGGCCCUAAAUUCAUCGUUCGUCACGACGUGAUACUUGUGACAGUGAACUACAGACUCGGUCCGUACGGGUUCAUGUGUCUGGACACCCCGGAGGUCGCCGGGAACCAGGGCUUGAAAGACCAGGUGCUCGCCUUACAGUGGAUUAAGGACAACAUCGAAUAUUUUGGAGGCAAUAGCAACCGGAUUACAAUCUUCGGGGAGAGCGCCGGCGCCGCCUCGGUCGAGUUCCACCUCCUAUCUCAUCAUCAAAACCUCUUCCACCAGGCGAUACUGCAUAGCGGUUCUGUGUUCGGAACCUGGGUGAUGACAGAGUCCGACAGCACCGCACCCGCUCGUUUGGCCACAAAAUUGGGAUACCAAACCGACGAUAUGAACGACGCGUUAGCAUUCUUAAAAACUGUAGAUCCUAAACUCCUCAUAGCGGCCGCUAACGAAAUCGACCUCUACUUGAAGGCGUGCGUGGAGAAACAAUUCGAUGGCGUGGAUAAUUUCCUUCCCGUGCAUCCGGUUAACAUCGACACUAUAAGCGGACUAAAUGGCAUGCCAAUACUGACCGGAUUCAACAGUCAAGAAGAUCUGUUAAAGUACCUGAAUAAGGCGGCCGAAGAUUACGAAGAGGAUCCCUUCAAAACGUUAUUAGGGCUGGUAUUUAAUGAGGGCUUAAAGGCGACCGAUGUGUUGCGCCACUUUUAUAUAGGCGACAGCGCUAUAAGCCCCGAUGUGAAAUGGAAACUCAUCAACCUGAGUUCCGACAUGAGAUUCAACCACCCCGUGCAACGCAGUCUCGAGAGGUUCAUCGACAGCGGAGCGAAUGUUUACCAAUACAUGUUCGCAUACACGGGCGAGAGGAACUUCGUUAAAAAGCGACACAACGUGACCGAAGGCGGCGCGGCCCACGCCGACGAGCUGGGAUACUUCUUCGAUAUGACGACGCUCGACAAGAACGUCAAUGAAGACGAUCAAAUCAUCGUGGACAGAGUAACGACCAUGUGGACGAAUUUCGUUAAACACGGAAACCCUACUCCAGAAGCGAGCGACCUCCUACCCAUCGCGUGGCCCAAGGCGACAAAGGAUACCUUACAUUACUUGAAAAUCGACAAGGAGAUGACUAUUGGGGCGAGAGCCUUCUCCGACAGGAUGGCGUUCUGGGAUCUUUUCUAUUCACUCAAUCUGCAGGCGGUCAAAGGCUACGUGAAGAAUUAA